GCAGGAAGGAUACACGGCACAUAUGCAAAGCGAUGAUCACCCGUUGGAAGAACCUACCCUGUUGGAUACUCUUGAUCCUCCAAUGGACCAAACCCAUGCUCAACCAUCCUGGGAUCAACUUCUUUAG